GGCGGGGGCGGCGGAGGCUUCGGCCCGGAGGUAGUGGCGGCGGGCCGGCGGUGGCUAGGAACCCUAGCAGUCGCGCUCGGUGACGACUCUGGUCGGGAGGGCCUGUGCUCUCCCAAGGAUAGGGUGCUCCGGCCGGCUGCACCAUGCGCUGCCCAGCCGUUAGAUGCGUAAUAUAGGGACAGGAUGGAACGGCCCUCAAAACUUGCAAAAACGACCCCAUGGAAGCACAGAAUAGCUGCGCUGUCCCCGGUUCGGAACAAAACGAACACGAGCAGAGCAGGGAGGGGAGGGGCUUCGGUGCUCCGGCGGCGGGCCUCGCCGUCGCCGUCUGCUCCGGCGGCGUCCCACGGGUACCGACGUGCGGUGCUCCGAAGUCCAGAUGACAGCCCGCUCCAUCCCCGCGCCGCCAUCCCCCACCUCGGCGCCGGCCCCGGCGCCAGAUCCGCCAUCCGCCGACGCCGGAGGAGAGAGCUCCAUCCAGCCUUGAGGGCACGGAGGCCAUGCUUGGUUGAUCGUCUACAGGUUGUGGACCCUCUACUCAUCGUGGAUGAGGAUGGCGGCUGGGCAAAAUUUCAAAAAGCCAUCCUAGGGUCCAGGGCCUUCAUGAUCAUUUUGCAGCCAGGCAUGGUGACAGAUUUCAAAAACCCGCCUCUGGAGGGAAAAAGGAAAUAGAAGACUUGCGGGCAGUUGAAGCUUUUUCCAACUAGCUUUGGAUUGAGCCCCAGACAUAAGUGUACAUCUCUCUUUCUUAAUAAAAAACUAUCAGUUUGUCUCGGUUGGAUCUAUAUUUUUAUUUGUUCACGUGAUAUGCAUUGUUUUUGCAGUGUCA